CAGGGUGAGGCUCUGGGUGCGCUUGUCUCUGAGGGUUCGACUGCUACAUGCAGAACAGGGAGGCCAGAAAUCGAUCAGAGGGAGAGGUGCUCACUACCCGCUGCCAUGGACUACGAGCAGAAACUGGCUGAAAAACUUACCAUCCUUAAUGAGAGGGGGAACGGGGUGCUGAUACGUAUGAACUACAUUAAGAAGAUGUGUACAGACCCCAAGCUGAGGCCAUCCUUCCUCACAGAUAAAGCCAUGGAACCUGCGGUUAAAUACAUAAACAAGAAGUUUCCCAAUAUCGACUUUAGAGGAGGCAUUCAAAAUUUGACCAGCAUUCAGCGACAUAAGUCUGAGGUGCUGACAGCCACAGCAAGCUACUACGACUCGUUUCUUGAUGUCAAAGAGUUCAGGGUAAUUGACCAUGUUUAUGAGUUGCUAAACACCAUAGAUGCCUGUCAAUGCUUCUUUGAUAUUGCCUUUAACUUCGAUUUCACCAAGAACUACUUGGACCUGAUCACCACCUACGCCUCUGUUAUCGUCACGCUCGCUCGAAUCGAUGACAAAAAGGCUCUGGUGGGGAUGUUCAACUGUGCCCAUGAGAUGACAAAUGGGAGCAGUGACCCUUCCUAUCCACGGCUUGGUCAGAUGUUUAUUGAGUAUGAGCAUCCUUGGAAGAAGCUCACAGAGGAGUUUGGUCCCCACACAAAGUCUGUUACAGCAGCAUUGCUUUCCCUAAAAAUGAUCUACCCACGCAGAAACCUGCCCGCAGAGCAGUGGCGGAGCGCCCAGCUCCUCAGCCUGAUCAGCAAUCCAGCGGCCAUGAUGGAUCCGGCCUCUUGUGACACUAUGGCAUGUGAAUACUUGUCUCUGGAUGUGAUGGAGCGCUGGAUCAUCAUCGGCUUUCUGUUGUGCCACACCAGUCUGCAUGUGCACCAGGCCUCACAGGAGCUGUGGAAGAUGGCCCUGCGGAGCGGCCUCUACCUCAACCUCACCCGAGAUGAAGUUUUAAACAUUCACAAAGUCAGUGAGGACCUCUUCGACAGCAUCAAAGGAUACAGCAAGCGCAUUGCCGACAUCAAGGAGUGUCGUGAGCAUGUUUUACUUAACUGUGGAGCUAUCCACAGAGAGAAGAGGCAGUUUCUGAGAGGAGCAUUGAUGGAAUUAUUCAAAGUGCUGGAUGAUCAACCUGGACUCCUGGGACCAAAGGCUCUUUAUGUCUUCAUGGCUCUGUCAUUUGCCCGGGACGAGGUCCUGUGGCUUGUCAGACACUCUGAUAAUAUGCCAAAGAUAAAAACGCCAGAGGACUACAAUGACAAUCAGAUGGCUGAAUUGCUGUUCCACAUGGAGAAAUUGAGAGGACUCAUGAAAAAAUACGACCAUGUAGUUCAGCGUUACCACGUUCAGCACCUGGCACAGUUUGAUGCUUUGGUGCUCAAUGACACCAUGCAGAACAUGUACGUUUGUCCGGAGGAGGAGUCUGUUCUCAUGACCUCAUUUGUUUCAUCCCUCUCGGCUCUUUCUGUGAAACAAGUGGAAAACAAAGAAGAGUUCGACUUCAGAGCACUUAGACUGGACUGGCUAAGAUUACAGGCCUACACAAGUGUAAAUAAAGCCCCUCUUCCACUGAAAGACUAUCCUGACUUGGCAAAGGUGAUGAACCUGAUUCAGUUUCACACCAAGAUGGUCGACAGCAUCGAAGAAAUGCUUCAGGAAACUUCUGACCUGUCCAUCCUCUGUUUUUACCCCCGGGCUUUUGAGAAGUUGUUUAGCCAGUGCAAAGAGGAGAUGGCUAUGAAGCGUUAUCUCAUGGCCUUCCCCUCCGUCUGUUCCCACUUCAGUCAGUGUGCACACCCUCUCUGUCCAGAAGAGACUGAAAUAUUGGAGAAGAGGAGUCUGCGCCUGUGUGUGACCUUCUUGGAGCAGAUAGCCAAGCAAACCACCAGUGUUGUCUUAGAGAUAUGUGCUGAGCAAUGCAAUCUCAAUGACCAGUUGCUGCCCAAGCACUGUGCCGAGUCCAUCAGCGCUGCUCGCCACAGAAAGCAAAAGAAACCAAUGCCAAAAAAAGGAGAGGUCCAGAAAGAGAAGCCAGGUGCUGAGAGUCUGAGAAAAGACCGGACCGUGUCCACCAAUGUGGACAAGAUGCAUCAGACACUGACAGAGCUCUGCUCCUCCUUCAGUCUUUGCGGUGACAUGAUCGUCUUUGACCACAUUGUCGUUCCUACAGAGUUCGUCCUUUCUCAGCUGGAGACACGCCUCUCUGAGAUCAUCGUGAGAAUGGCCAAUUACAACCAGACCACCCAGGAGAUAGCCCGGCCCUCUGACCUCCUGGCAGGGAUAAGAGCCUACACAGCCAACCUGCACAGCUUCUCCAGCUACAUCAAUAUGGAUGUCACACGGCUGGUAAAGAGUGUCCUGCUGCAGCAAACACAGCCAUUGGACUCCCGUGGAGGACAGACAAUCACAACCCUCUACACAAACUGGUAUCUGGAGGGUCUUUUGCGUCAGGCAAGCAACUCCCUAAUUGUCCACUGUCCUACGAUGAAAUGCUUUGUCAGCCAGAGCACUGACACCGAGCCGACUUUCAGAGCAGAGCAGUUCUCAGAUGUUUCAGAAUUACAGGCCCUUGCAGAGCUAAUUGGUCCAUAUGGCCUGAAGUUUCUUGGUGAAAAUCUGAUGUGGCACAUAACCUCUCAAAUCAGCGAGCUUAAGAAAAUGGUGAUUGAGCACAUGGAUAUCCUGGUUCAGAUGAAAAACAACUUUGACAAGCCAGAGGAAAUGGAAAAACUGAGGAAGAGGCUGACAGGAUGUGAGAACGUCUUGAAGAGGAUGACCAUCAUUGGAGUGAUCCUAUCCUUCAGAUCAAUGGCACAGGAGUGCCUAAAAGAUAUCCUACACAAGCACUGCCCCUUCCUGAUGGGACCCAUUGAGUGCCUGAGAGAUUCUGUCCCCCCUGAAACUGACAUUCAGGUGACUCUGGACAUUUUUGAGCUGGCUUCCGCUGCAGGGCUGAAGUGUGACAUAGAUCCUGCCCUGGUCACAGCUAUCAGAAGCAUGCAGACAGAUAACACGUCAAUUGAUGAAGAGUUCAAGCUGUCGCGUUUGCUGCUCGUAUUUAUCGCUGUGUCCCUGCCUACGUUGGCUCUGGACCCCAACUCCUUCUACAGCCGUGAGCAUGGAGGCCACAACAACAACAUCCACUGUUUAGCCACAGCCAUUAACCAGCUGGCUGCAGCCAUGUUCACCGUUCAGAACAAAAACAUUGAGCAGCAGCUCAAAGAGUUUCUCCUGCUGGCCUCCUCUACUUUGCUUCAACUGGGACAAAACGUAGAGAGGGUGGAGAGCAAAAACAGAGAGUCCGUCUACCUGCUCCUGCACAUGAUUGUGGAGGAGUCUUCAUUCUUGAGCCAAGACAUGCUGGAGAGCUGCUUCCCAUACGUUCUCCUCCGAAACGCCUACAGGGAGGUGCACAGGGCCUUCAUUGUUACCCUGGGAUGAGGAGUUUAUGUAUCCAACAGAAAAAGUAUUUAAAUAUGUGCAAUCCUUUUUUGUUAAUGCCAUUCAGCUUUGGAGGUUAACUAACUUGGCUUCAUGACUUAGUUUUAACUUGCAUUUAUUCCCUCUUCCUCCCAGUCCUACAGAUCAGUUAUAUCUAGAAGAGUAAAAUAUCAUCUUGAAUUAUUUAAAGCAGACAGACUUUUCGGAAACAUCUUGUGCAUAAUUUUAAUGUUAAAAACCAUCAUAGGAAUGGACGGAACCAGUGAAAAUGAAUGUUUGAUCAUUUUUAUUUGCACUGGAAACUUCAUUCAGAUCUCAAUAUAUUAUAUGUGUGAAAUGGUUGUUAUUUCUUUAAAUUUACCAGAAAUAAAGAUGGAGACGACAUGU